AUGAACAAGCCUUUGCUUCAGUUGCAAAGAGCGGAGAGAUGUUGCGCUGCUCAUCUGUGCGAAGAUGCUCACGUUCCCUUCAUUUUUGGCUCUGACAUUCUCGCCGUCAUCCUAAGGCAGGUGGCCAGAUUCCUCGCCGGGGAAGCCGCUCCGUCGCGGGAACGCCAGCCGGCCCGCUCUGCCCGAGACAGCCCAGCAGCCUCGACGGCCGGCCGUUGCCCCACCCGGGCCCUCCCCAGCCCCGCCAGCGCGCCUCCUGCCCGGCGCCGCCUUUGCGCAAAGCAGCCCCGGCGCCGCCUUCCAGCCCCCUCGACGGCCAUGCGCUUCCUGGCGCUGCUCCUCGUCGUCGUCGUCCGCCUGGCCCGAGCCGGCGCGCACGGCGGCCACCAUCACCGCGAGGAAGGAGAGGCAGAGGCCGGGCGGGCGCUGGCGGGCCUGCUGGCGUCGGGCGAAGGCGCACUGCCGCCGGGCGCCGUCGAGACCCUGUUAAAUAUCGCCGCGGCUCGUGUGCAGUGCCCCGACGGGCCGUGUGGAAAGUGCAUCUCUGCCGCAGAUAUUUUUGCGCUCACAGAGAAGAAGCCACCUGCCAACACUGCCAACCUCACCUCUUCAGAGCUGCUUCCGUUCUCUUCCGGCCUGGCAUUCUACUUCAGUGACCCCUUGGGGGCUUGCCAGGAAGUAGCAGAGGGCCGCUGGGUUGCUGCGGUCCGGGCAUUCCAGACCAAAUUCUUAGGCGGGAACCCUGCCGAAGGACCCACGCCGGAGAAAGUGGCUGAACUGAUGGCAACCAUCCAGAAAAAACGCCAUGAGCCAGGAGUGAUGGUUUGUGCUGAAACGAGUACCUGCAGGUACCCUGAGAGGUGCCGGGAAGGGGAAAUGCCCCCGCAGAAGUCUUGUGCUGGAGUGGACCAGAUCCUUGAGAACAGUACAGCAAUCUCCAGCCGAGUCGCGUCUGAUCCGGCGGGGCGUGUCUUAGCAACCGUGGCCCACCACGUGCUGAAGGGCGGCUGUUUCCGCGCUCUCCCUUCGGAGCGCUACUUUGUGGACUACAUCUAUUGGCGCUACAGCAACGAGACCCACAACCUGACGCUGGCGAGCUAG